AUGGGACGCACGCGCAAAAGUGAACCUCCUAAGACCCCCAGGGGUCCCCAACUGAGCCAGUCGCAAGGUCCGAUGGAUGACUACCUGCACAACACCGCAGAUGCGAGUGGCGAGGCCUCGGGAUCCAAGAUGGCGCCCACCUCCUCCGCGCCUGGAGCUCCCUCUGCCUCAACCCUGGAGGGCAUCGGAGAGGAACUCCGUACUAUUGCAGCCUCCAUGGCCACAAAAGCUGACCUCCUGGGGCUCACCACCACCAUCCAGGAUGCACUACGGGCCGAAAUUGCUGGUAUCCGGACGGAGGUAACCCUACUCCUACAACUCCGCAGAUCUGUCGAGGACCUCGACAAUCGCGGACGCCGCUGUAACAUAAGGGUGCGCAGCGCCCCAGAGACAGAAGGGGAUGAAGACAUUGAAAGCUCCCUAACGGCCCUUUUUAGCCUGAUACUACCUGGAGAUGAUCUGAUGGAAAUCCGAUAUGACAGGGCUCACAGGGCCUUAAGACCCCGCUCCAUAGAAGAUGGCCCCCGAGAUAUUAUUUGUUGCCUCCAUUCAUUCUCCGUGAAAAAUGCCAUCAUGAAAGCUGCCAGAAACCGACCCACAUGGGAAUACCGAGGGGCACAAGUAUAAUUAUUCAACGAUUUGUCGCCGGUCACAUUGGAGGCCAGGAGGGCCCUGAGGCCUGUCACUUCGCUCCUCCGGGAACAUAACGUCACUUAUAAGUGGGGCUUCCCUUUUGCCCUGUCAGCUCGGCACCAAAACGGAUGGGUGUCACUACGUUGGCCGGACGAGGUCCCCAGGUUUCUGGAAGAUUUGGGCCUCCCGCCCGUACAGGUGCCCGACUGGAUUCUGGGAUCUCUGGAUGCAGGCCCGAGACCACAACGCGCACCCCGCCGACGGAGGGGGAGAUCUCCACCAGAACCCCCUCGACGGGAUAUGAGUAACGCCCGCAGCCCUGCAGGUGUUGCCCCGCUGGACUACCUCUGCCCGGCCUAGCCUCGGGGGACCGCCCGGAUGUCGCUGGAUGUUGAUCCCUCCGGUCCUACUGUCUUCACCAUGCCACAUACGUGCUCUUCUCUCCUACUUUUGCAUUUGCUGACCCUACCUCAAGUUGCAAUGUAGGGGGAUGCCAGACAACUACUUGGGUGGCGGGACCACGGGGGGUAAGAAACCUGAACUUCAGCCGCAAUUAACCCUCCUUUCUACCUUAACCCACGACGAAGCUAGCUUCUGUGGUCUCCUCAAUGACACUCCUGGUUCUGGACUGCCUAGUACGCUGGGUCAUUGGACUCCAACCCUCCGCCCACCUUGAUAAGUAUCCUGCCUUAUUAUGCUACCGUGAGACUGUUUGUUGUGCAUCAUUCUGUACCUAUGCUGGUGUCAUGCAAUGAGAUCUGCUGGGUUGGGGCACUGUACUACGCAGGGAAUCAGAGACGGUAAUGAGGCUAAUGACAGGUUGGUAGGGCACCCUGAUUGUGGUGGGGGAUGGCUAUGGGCGGGGACGACAGGUAGGGAUCCUCCUUCCGGUUUAAAAAAUAUUGUAAAAAAAAAAAUUAGAAACCUAAACUUCAGCAACAGUUGACCCUCCUCUCUACCCCAACCCACGACGUAGCCAGCUGCUGUGAUCUCCUCGAUGACGUCCAUGACCUUGACCUACCUAUUGGGCUGGGACACUGUGCUCCAACCCCCACUUUGAUAAACAUUCUGCCUGGUUGCCUUGCGACUGUUUGCUAUACACGAUCUUAUACUCAUGGUAGUGUUGAUCAAUGGGACAUGUUGGGCUUGGGCACUAUGCUAUAUAGGGAAACGGUGAUGGUAACAAGGCUGAUGAACGGUUGAUGGGGCACCCUAACUGACGUGAAAGGAAACUACAGGCAUAGACGACCGGUGGGAACCUCCCACCCCCCUCCCUCCCCCCCCCAUCGCCCCCCCCAUCCCCCCAACACAAAAAAACAAAAAACAAAGACUGUUGGGUUACUACCACUGCAGUCACGGACUACCCCCUCUGACCCGAGCAGUACGUAUAGUAUAAUGGCUCUGACACAUACCUACCUGGAGCGAGACAUAAGGAACCGAGUGGCGACAGCUCACGCCCUCGGUCAGCUAGCAUACUUCGGUCAGUUGGACCCUGACAGAUGGUGGAGGGUCAUAACUGUCUGAUGAGGCAUACCCCGGGGAUGGGCACUGGGGCGGACAUGACGGCGGGGCGCACACGGGAAGUUGGCGAUAUUCGCUGUUGCUGGUUAUUUUCACCCAUGUUUCGACUUUGCACCUCUGAUUUAUUGUUUGUUAGUUCACACUCUGUUUACCUUUAUGCUAACCUACACCCCCCAUGCAUAUCCAGACUUGGGCCGGGACCUGGCUGGAGCGGGACAACUCCAUACUUAUAGUACAUACAAUACACAAAUUGCAUCUUUCCUGGUUUCGACUUCGACCACUAUCCUACACUUACACUUGUGUAGGAUCCCCAGCGGAGCCACAGGUACGUUCACUCACCGUUCAGGUUAUCGGGGUGACACCUGGCCACUCCUGCUGGGACACAAGUGACCCUCCUUUCGAGGAGAUAUCGGGGUCACCACCCCUCCACACCCCGAGGGGGACGACACUCGAAGGGGUGACCCGUGCGGCUCACCCUUAUUUAAAAAAAAAAAAAAAAAAAAAAAACCUUAAAUACGAAAUACGGUCACAUUGUAGACUCCAUACCCCUACCCCAUUCACACACACACACACACUACACUAUACACCCCCCGAGGCUGCAGUGCACGUUCAAACUUCAUACGUCUAACGAAGGACGGUACCCAACCGACUACCUGACAGUAGCUGGUUCUGACGGGACUCCUACAUACCUUAUCUCAAGCGGAGUUGCGCGACACUCACUUGGGGCCACACUUCAUAGUGGGUCGUCGACCCACCUAGCCUACGCAAUCAGACUCGGCUCAUGUGGCCCCUCCUUCCGCGGUUCUGCGCGCACGACCACGAGAAGAUCCAUGGCGUAUACCCGUACCCCCCUGUCCAUCAUGACUCUCAACUGCAGAGGCUUAAAUAUACCGGAACGCCGCUCGCAUCUGCUGAGAACCCUGCACCGCAAGCGCAUAUCUAUAGCGAUGCUCCAGGAGACUCAUUUCAGAGCCGAUGCGGCCCCCAAACUCCGAAACUCUCAUUAUCCAGUGAGUUACUGCAAUGAUCACCCGACCACCCGACGUGCGGGAGUGGCGAUCCUGUUGGCCGCGGAAUAAGGCUUCCGGGAAAUGGAUAGAUUGACGGAUACACAAGGCCGCUUCCUCUUCCUGAAGGGACUGAUUGCAGACAGAAUCUACACUCUUGCGACCAUAUACGUUCCCAACUCGAAACAAGCACAGUUCCUACGUGGGGCACUGAACAAGCUUCGCGGAUUCUCGGAAGGAGUUCUGAUAGUGGGAGGAGAUUUCAACGCUCCGUUGGACCCUCUGCUAGACUCCUCCACCGGUCACAGUUGCAUUUCACAAGCCCACAUCAGAUCUAUCCGCAAAGCACUGAGGGAGCUGUCCCUGGUAGACUGCUGGAGGACACUUCAUCCCGCCGACAGGGACUACACACACUAUUCGGCACUGCACAAUUGCUACUCCCGAAUAGAUUAUGUAUUUAUCAAACAAGCUGGGCUGUCCCGCCUGUGGGCGGCAACUGUUGAACCCGCCACGUGGUCGGAUCACGGUCCGGUCCAGAUUGAGCUGGAAUCCCCACUAUUCAAACCGGCCACCUGGUCAUGGCGCCUUAAUGAAUCCUUGCUUCAAGACCCUGCGGUAAAAGAAGAGAUUUCCCAAGCGCUGGCUUCAUACUUCACGGAGAACGAGACGGAAGGGAUGUCGUCUGUGUCGGUGUGGGAAGCACACAAGAGUGUCAUACGUGGCGUACUUAUCAGUCUCGCAACCCGCAAGAGGAAGGAGGCGACCAGCGCAAUGGCAGAUGUAUACGACACCAUUAAACGCUUGGAACUCCAACACAAACGGUCUCAGCUCACCGAGACGUAUGGCGAAUUAAUGGAGGCUAGGCGCACUUUGAACACUCUCCUCACAAAGCGAUAUCAACGCUCGCUCCAACGUUCAAAUAACUUUUUCUACGCACAUGCGAAUAAGGGCAGGAAAUUCCUCGCCUGCCUAUUGAAAGGCGACACACCACGAACUCAAGUACGAAAGUUGCGCUUAACCUCGGGCAGAGUGUCUCCAUGUCCAGAAGACAUAGCGGAUGAAUUCAGGGCAUAUUAUGACUCCCUCUAUAACCUCCAUCAACCAGGUGAUCAGGCACCGGGCGGGGAGACACCGCCUCAUGUACAAACAUACAUCCAGGAUACCAUACGAGCACGAGUGGACCCGAACGCCGCGUCCUUUCUCGACGAACCGCUCACCACAGAAGAUCUCGCCGCUGCCUUAAAACACACUAAAUAUGGACGCGCCCCAGGACCUGAUGGAUUCCCCUCGGGGUAUUAUAAACAAUUCGCCAUGACGCUCUUACCGUGGCUGACAAGGGCGGUUAAUGAAGUCUCGGAGGGAGGUCACUUUGGUACCGAAUCCCUGACGGCGACCAUAGCUGUCCUGCUUAAGCCGGGGAAAGACCCAGAACACUGCUGUAGCUAUCGGCCAAUCUCUCUGCUAAAUGUGGAUACUAAACUGCUAACAAAGGUGUUGGCGACUAGACUCCAACGAAUCCUUCCGAGCCUUGUCCAUGUGGACCAAACGGGGUUCAUCCCGGGCCGGGAAGCACGGGACAGCACCCUACGCCUAUUCUCAAUACAACACCACGCGCGGAAACACCGAAAACAUCUAUUGCUGUUAUCGACUGAUGCAGAGAAAGCCUUUGACCGGGUCAACUGGGCAUACAUGUUUCAGACACUCCGGUCUAUGGGCUUUGGGCAACGAAUCAUGGCUUGGAUCACCGUUUUGUACAGCACGCCGAGGGCAGCGGUGCGAGUUAAUGGAGCACUUACCACAAGCUUUGGGAUCACGAAUGGGACCAGACAGGGGUGUCCCCUAUCGCCGCUCCUGUUUGCACUGUCACUGGAGCCACUUUUACAGGCAAUACGGGACAACCGGAACGUCCACGGAUACACUUGGCAAGGCACCGAGCAUAAGGUAGCCGCAUAUGCGGACGACCUCCUGUUUUUCGUCUCCCAACCUCGGAUCACUUUACCCUGUAUACUAUCAGAAAUAGAACGGUUUGGCCGCCUGUCGGGGUUCCGGCUCAAUCUGGCGAAAUGUGAGGCCCUGAAUAUCACCACACCCGCAGCGGAAUAUGAAGCCCUCGGCCUGCUUUUUCCAUUUCGCUGGUGCACAGAGGCAAUGAAAUACCUUGGCAUCUGGAUCACCACAGACCCCCAGGAAAUAUACCGUCGUAAUUUCGAGACACUGCUGAGAAACAUCGAAACAGACCUAACGAGAUGGUCCUACCCCCACAUUACCUGGCAUGGUCAUAUAGCAGUCUUAAAAAUGAAUAUUCUUCCUAGGAUCCUUUAUUUAUUUCAGACUAUACCAACGACCCUGCCGGAAUCAUUUUUUUCGACCCUGAAAUCAGCG